AUCACUUGGCAACGGAAGACACAAAAGUAAAAGAGACAUAAAGAAUGAAGGGUUGCACCCUUGGAGUAGUUAGGAAUAAUUACAUAUGAGAUUAGGAAUAAAUCAAAGAACACUAUGGUGAUUUCGUAUCUUUGAAAGGACCAUGGUUGCCUUUGCGAUAAAUAUUACAGAAAAGGGAAGGCAAAGAUUGGGACAAGUGGCUGCUGGAUUCCACGUCCUACUCGCAGUAUUUGGAGUGGCGGUUGUGCUUAUGGGCGUCUACCUCAGAUCCAAAAUCGAAGUUCGCUUUGGUGUUCUUGUGGAUUACGACCACUAUAAUUUACUUCCCCAUAUGUUAAUCUCAGUUGGGUGUACCUUGAUAUUUCUGCAUGCUGUUGGCGCUAAAAUGUGCUACGAUUGCAGCUUCUUCUAUACCCGCCAGAGAUUCGAGAGUGUCAUGGUUCUUUAUAUGGUUAUCAUGCUCACCUUCCAGAUCAUAAUUUUAGCCGCUGCCUCCAUGUGCUUUAGCCACACACAUAUGCUGCGUCACUCAUUCAACCAUGGAAUAAUAAAUUCAUUAAAGAACUACAAGAAUAGUCUGCAUCUUAAGAGGACAAUUGAUGCACUACAUUUAGACUACAAUUGCUGCGGCAAUGGAAGUUACACUGAUUGGUUCAAAGUCUCUUGGAUCAGAAAUGAUUUUCUCGAUCUCGAAUCUUCACAAGUACAAGCAAAAAUGAAGAAUAACAAAUAUUACACGGACGAUGUACCAUUUAGUUGUUGUGACCCGAUGUCUCCUAGGCCUUGUAUACAUCAAGGUGUUCACAGUUUCAACAUGCACCCAAAUUACGACAAAACCAAAGUGACACUGUACAAGAAUGGGUGCAGUAAACAAAUCAUGUUAUUCUUUGAGAAACUUCUCUCUGUAUUUGGACGUUCCAUCUUUACAUCAUCAAUUGUAGAGUGGAUUGUGUUGUUACAAAUGCGGUACCUCCAAACGUCGAUAUUUACGGCUCGAAUGUCGGGAAUGGCGCGUGGCAGUGCGCCUGGGUACCUGAUGGAUGAGUGCCCCUUUCGCUGUUGCGAUGGCAUUUGUUGUUGUUGUCGUUGCUGUGGUUGCGAUGGCCUGUGCUGUAUCUUGUAUGGCUAGCAAAAAGGGCGUGACUUGGCUUGGAAUCCGAAAGAAACAGUUUACUAAGAAAGUGAUAGUGAUGUAAUAUAUUUAGAAGAAAAUACCCACAUGGGACCUGUGCCGUACUUGCAAUUUCUUUCUGAACUCGGCUUGGUUGUGUAAAAGGGAAUCGGAAAUAAACAGUUUUCUAAGCAAAUGAUGAAAUAUAUUUAGAAGAAAUUCGGCAAACUCUCACAAGGGACUAGUGCAAUAUUUGUAAUUCCUUUUUGAACGGUUAAUGUACAAUAAAAGCUGCCCAAGUAAUUUCUUCAGGUGUAAUGUAGUUGUUGUUUUGUGUUAAUAAAUUAAACAUGAAUUGAAGAUGCUGCCAAUAAAUGUUUAUAGAUCAGUUAUCAUAAAAAAAACAUUAUUACAAAUAACGGUA